UUUCUGAUACUAUAUAUGGAAGCACCGAGCACGAUCUCUUCCUUGUGCUGUUCCUUCACAACGUCACUUACAUUACAUAUCAUAAUGAAACUUUUAAUUUUGUUCGCUUGUGUUGUAUAUGCGGUCGCUGAUGCUGGACCAGAAUGUUUGAACACAAAAGAAGCAGCAGAUUGCUAUCGUAAUUUCACCAGCUGCAGAAAAUUAACCAAUUCUCACCAUGCACGAUCGAAGUGUUUGAAAACAUUUGACACCUGUGUAGCUGGACCAUGCCCAGUCGCUUGCAACAAAGUGGCGAGAGAUUGUCUCCACAAGACAGGAAAUCUUGCUCCAGAUCUUAUCCAGUGUCGCGUUGAUCACGAAGCAUGUAUGAAAACUUGUGUGGACAAACUUUUUGAAUAAACAAGCAAAUAUAUGUAAAAAUUUAUCAAA